AUGAACUCACUCGACCCGCAACAACUUCAAGAACUAAAGCAAAUAAGCGAUGACAAAGUUAAACAAGUGACAUAUUACUUUUUCACUGUAAAUCAUGUAAUUUUAUUUCUUGCCUUCUACGUGAUGGCAAAACUUCUCGAAAUCGUAUUGAAACGGAUCGACUCGAAAAUUAGUCCUACCCAUAUGAGAAAUUGCGUGACAUAUAUACUGCAGAUCAUAUUCACUACCGCCGGUCUCGUGAUUCUAAUAAUGAUACAUCGACUUUACGGGAAGGACUGGACAUAUAGAGACUAUCGUCUUCUACAACUAGCCACGUUAAUUAUCAUGGAUCUUGAGAAAUUGGAUGUCUCUCCAGAAGGUAUUGCAUUGCUAUUCCAGGCCACAACAGAGCAGGCAACAUUCGUUGGCCUCCUUUUUUACAGAAUAAAACCAAAUUGGGCAAAAGUAGUACUUCGAUUUUCCACCUUUCAAGUAUUAAUUGCAAAACUUGGAACACUCGCAUGGUGUUAUUUUAUGUGGAAGAGAGAUAUGAUAGGAAACUACAAAAACUCACCAUUCGAUAAGGCAUGGGACAUCAUUUUUCCGAUAGUCGGGUUAAUUCUCGUUUGGACACAAAUAUGGAGCACAUAUGUUGUUUGGGUGAUAUCUUCGAAAAAAAAACCCGAAAAGAACUUAGAAGUAAAAGGAGGUAGCGAAAAGGAAAGCUCGGCCACCGAAGUAAGGAGCGAUAACGAAAAUGAAAGCUCGGCUAUAGAAGUAAGGAGAAAUAACAGAAAUAAGAACUCGACUACUGAUAUUGAAAAAGGAAAUUUUGCUACAAAAGUAGAUAAAAACAAUGAGAAUAUUUCCAUAACUGGUGUAAGAUAA